UAAAGAAAGAGACACGCCAGCCUCCCCUAACAUUCCAAAGUAUAAUUUAUUGAAAUCCUUCACCCCUAAAAUCUCUUACAGGGAGCAAAAUCCAUCUCCUGCUCAUCUUCUUGAGACUCAUCUCUCCUCUUGAUCCAAGAUCCAAGAGCUAAAGACCUAACUAGCUCGUUGACGAUCUACCGACUUUCCCUUUAUUAUUUCCUCUUCUUGCUUCGAUUCCCCGAGAUUGAAGUAGCACCUUCCUAUAGCUUAAUUACAAAAGUGAAGUUGAUUUAUGGGUUUGCGUUCUAAGUUGGUUUCAAGUGAUGUGCCCGAGUUUGAUUGGAGCAGCAGCCAAACCCUUCUACGGGGUCAGGCGGUAAUCAAUGAUCUGACACCAAGAUCUGCUCCAGGAAAGAGUGAGCCUCCCGGUGAUCGAUGCCCAAAUCAAUCCGAGCAAUUGAAGUGUCCGAGAUGCGAAUCUACUAACACCAAGUUUUGUUACUUCAACAACUACAACAAGUCCCAGCCCAGGCACUUUUGCAAGAGCUGCAAGAGGCACUGGACUAAGGGCGGGACCCUCCGGAACGUUCCCGUUGGAGGCAGCCGCAAGAACAAGCGUCUCAAGACGGCUGCCACCACCACUUCAUCCUCCUCCACUGCUGCCAUGCCUGUUGCAGCCGCAAUCACUUCCUCAGCUGUGGCCAAGCAUAAUAAACCUGCUAUUGAUGACCAGACAUUUGUCGGUCUAAAUGUGAUCAGCGACGAUAUUCUGCCAGUGCCAGAUCAAGAUAUUCUAAGUUCAGUACAGUUUUCGAGCUCAGGUAUGUCAGAUUCGGUAAUCACCAGCAUCAUGCCUGCCUCAGUGUACGCUGUUCCGAAUCUCCCGAUGGUGUGGCAGGCCAGUGUUGGUCAGGAGGCUGCAGCGAGUUUCUGGAGUUGGGAGGAUAUUGGCCUUGACCAACCAAGGUUUGGCCCGGGAUGAUUCUAAGAUCAAAUUACCAUGACGAAUAUUUUUAUAUCCAGACCUAAUAUUAAUAGCGCUUGUGCUCAUAAAUCUGUUAUAUUUUUUAACCUUUUGUGAUCGGGAUAUAAUACAAUAUCUAAUUAAAGAGCAAGCUAGCUAGAGAUCUUACGGUCGAGUCCGUUUUCCUAAUAUCCCAACUCGGAUCAACCAUCAAACCCAUGUAUACAAUGGUUGUUAAAUGGUUGAAAUUUACCAGAAGGUCCACCGGGUCGAAAUCAAGGAUUUCGGUUUGUGUUCUGUAGUUAAUAUCUUUGCCGGUUAAUUGAUCUUCUGCUCUUAAUGUCAUCAGUCGUGUCUUUUUCUUCCUAGUUGUAUAUAUGUAAGAAAUUACUAUGGUC